CCCCGCCCUCCGGCGCCCGGGCCAUGGCCGGAGAUGCCCGGUGAGGACCGGGGCGCCGAAGGCUGGGCUCCCCGGCGCGGUGCGGAGCGAGGCAGCGGCCUGGAUGUGUGAAGCGUCCCCAUGGCUCGGCAUGAGGCGAAGCCCCAGGGCCCGAGGGAAGCUGGGUCGGCGGCACGGGGGCGCAGGGGCCGGGCCGGCAGGGGAGCAGCCCGCCGCCCGGGCGUGAGGGGCUCGGGGCUGGCGCCGGUUGCCCGGGCCGCCGCGUCCCAGGAUGCGCCGCCGCCGCCGCUGCCUCCGCUGCUGCUGGGACUCGUGCUGCUGGCGGCCCUCUCCGAGCACUGCCUGGCCGACACGGGAGUACACAAUCUACAGAUAACAGUCAGCCCGACCCCAGAGUCAUUUCCUCAUGGGAAAGCAUUACCGAUUUCACCAACAUGGCCUUUCUCAGAAGUCCAGUCUUCCUUGGCAGCGGCCAGAAUCCAGAAUGUGCUGGGACCGUCCCCUGACAACACGAGCAUGCUGCAGCUCCCCCGAACACCUCCGCCGAAGACACACCGCAGAGCUAGGGCUCACGGGGACUUCUCUUCCUCCCCUUACCAAGGAAGUGGCCAUAGCGCCUUUCUCGAGCCUUCCAAGGAUUCCACGGAGUCUGUGGUCCAGCCGAGAUCUCAAGGGGAAAAAGACGCAGCCUCCAUGUCAGGACAGCGGCCCGAGCUGCCCCCCACAGCAGGUCCUCACUCCACAGGUUCCCCCACACCUGAGUUGUUGAACUCCACGACAGAACUGGCCCACCUGCCUCCCAUUCCCCUAGUACCUGGAAGUCUUCCUCGGCGUCCAGAUGGACCGCCUUCACAGGCAGUGGCAGAAGGGGCCUCAAGUCCUACAUCCACCCACUCUGUGGAAGCUGGGGUGGCCAAGGGCGUGCACAGUGAGGUGUCUUUGCCGACUUCUAAGAGUGCAGCAGCCACCGCUGUGACCCAGGAGGCUGUGUCUUUGCUUUCCCAGACUGCAAGAUCUGGGGCAAUGGAAAUGACCACAAGAAAGCUAACCCCUGCUACUGCAAAUGACUCCACUCACCCACUGCUUUUGCCAGCCACUCCAGAGAAUUCUGAAGGGCCCAAUUUUUCGGCAGAACACACGGCUUCCUCGUUGGUGCCUUCUCCUCUGCCUCUCCCCACUGCCAGCCAAGGGCAAGCCAUCUUUUCUGGGGCAUGGAACAUCACAGCAGCCAACUCUCCCUCCCCACCCACUUUCGCCCAGCUGGCGCAGAAUCAGGCUUCCCCAUCCACUGCACCCCAAAAGCCAACUCCUCAAGAAGAGGGCACCAGCGGGUCCCCUCCGACCGCAGCUACAGAUUUCCCCCGGUCUAGCAAAUCUCCCGAUCUCCUUUCUGCAACUUGGGCCUCUCUCCUGCGGGAGGAAGAGAGCGUGACAGCUGUUUUAAAGAAAAACGAAAAGGCAAACUUGACAGUUGCUCUCCAGACCCUUCCGAGAAAAGACAUUCUGAGUCUUCACACUGUAAAUGGGUUCCCCUCUGAUUCCAGCACGGAUCGUAUUUCAUCUUUUCUCCUUACAACACUGAGAACAAACCUCCCUUCAGAAUCAGCGCUCCCUUCCAUGCCGUCCGUACGAGGCCCCCAGACUGUUUUCCCAACUCCCCGCUCGUCCAGCGCCAACCCAGAGGCUCCUGCAGCUGCAGAAGGCCGCUCUGAGUCGCCACUCCCAACGUCCCAACAGGUGACAGCAUUUCCCUCCUCCGCUGAGGUCUAUGACUUCUCAACAAUGAGACGUGUUUUAAAGCCAGCGACCACAGAUGUUUUCGGGAGUUCUCUUCCCACAGAAACUGGAUCCCUCUCCAUACAGCCAAUGAGAUCUGGCUUGCAGCAGCAGACAAAUUAUGAUUUAAAUGGGCACACAGUUCACUCCACCCGUUGGGAAACUCGUUCAGCUUCAACUCCUCCUCCCGGUGGUUCAACUUCAGCUGCCAGAACAAUAAAAUCUUCGGAUCUCAGAGCUACUGCUGAGCCAUUAGUGACUGCAGAAGGCUUCACCGUCCAGCAUCCUGCCCUUUGUACCAGCGCCAACCAGCCUGUCCCACAGUCAGAGGUUACCAUGGUUGGAAACCAAACAGAUGUGGUGUCCUUAACCGGUGCCUAUUCCAGAGACUUCCAAACAGCCGAGGUUGAAGAGGACCCACCCGCAGGCCAACACGCUGCGUCUCCUGCCCGUCUCCAGCUGCCUGGGCAUGCAACACCCGCUCUUCUGCCGGCCUCUUCAAGGCUGACUUCCGUGGCCCACGUCCACGAAGUGCUUUCAGACGGAAUGGAUAGGAGUCUCUCCAUUUCCAGUGAUGUCUAUCCAUCUCCUGAGAUAAGCGCUUCUUCACCAUUCCAGAGUCCUUUGAGAGAUCACACGAUGGCUGAGUCUCCUCUACCAAGCAGGGCCGGACUCAGGACCCCGUCCAAAGUGCUGCUGGCUUCUCGGGGCCCCGACAAAUGGACAGGUGCAACCACGCAUGCAGCGGACCCCUCAGUGUCGUCCAGGGCAGAACCAACAGCAGCAGCCACCACUGCAGCUAUGUCGUUCCUGGGGAAAUCGAGUCCACGGGCGCUGUCUGCAGCCCUGAUCGCCAAGGGCCCUGGCAGUAACCCUUCGGCCGUGGCCUCAGGAUUAGUUAAGAGCAGCUGGACCGCUGCUCUAGCUAAAAAUGCCACAAACAACACAGCGCCUGGCCCAAAGACGACAGCGGGGGCGGUGCAUCCGACCUUCUCCCUCACGCCAACCUACAUGUUUUCCAGAACAGCACACACCAUGAGUGCUCACACAGCCAUGCAAGGGAACACAGGCACCGCCUCUGGCCUGCUGUCCACGACACACCUCCCCAGGAAACCACAAGCCAUGCACACGGGCCUUCCCAACCCCACCAACCCAGACAUGCCCCGGGCAGCCACCGCCCGCCCGCUGACCAUCACAGCAGCCUUGACGUCCGUCACCGCACCAGUGAGGGCCACCCGCUUGCCACCCGCACUGGCGGGAAAUACAGAUGCUGCUCUCCCCGCUGCGUCAACUUCCGUGGUCACCACCGGCAAAAUGGCGUCCAACCUGGAGUGUCAGAUGUCCAGUAAACUCCUGGUGAAGACAGUUCUCCUUCUGACCCAGAGGAGAGUGCAGAUCAGUGAAACCUUGAAGCUCAGUGUAGCCAAAGGGCUCACACAGGCAUUACGGAAGGCUUUCCACCAGAAUGACGUCUCGGCUCACGUGGACAUUCUGGAACAUUCUCAUAACAUCACCGUGGGUUAUUAUGCUACCAAGGGGAGGCUGGUGUACUUGCCUGCUGUAGUGAUCGAAAUGCUGGGUGUUUACGGGGUCAGCAACGUCACCGCAGAUCUGAAACAGCAUACCCCAAACUUGCAGUCGGUGGCAGUCCUUGCCUCCCCGUGGAAUCCCCAGCCUGCUGGCUACUUCCAGCUGAGAACAGUGCUGCAGUUCGUGAGUCAGUCCGACAACAUCCAGUCCUGCAAGUUUGCUCAGACGAUGGAGCAGCGGCUGCAGAAGGCCUUCCAGGAUGCUGAGAGGAAAGUCCUGAAUACCAAAAGCAACCUGACCAUUCAGAUGGUGAGCACAUCCAACGCCUCCCAGACAGUCACCUUGGUGUACGUGGUGGGCAAUCGGAGCUCCUUCCUCAACGGCACGGUCGCCAGCAGCCUCCUCCGCCAGCUCUCGGCUGAGCUGGUUGGGUUCUACCUCACCUACCCACCGCUCACCAUUGCUGAACCGCUGGAAUAUCCUAACCUUGAUAUAUCAGAAACAACCAGAGACUAUUGGGUAAUUACAGUGCUCCAGGGCGUGGACAGUUCGCUGGUGGGCCUGCACAACCAGAGCUUUGCCCGGGUCAUGGAGCAGCGCCUGGCCCAGCUCUUCAUGAUGUCCCAGCAACAAGGCCGGCGGUUCAAACGGGCCACCACCCUGGGAAGCUACACCGUACAGAUGGUAAAGAUGCAGCGGGUGCCGGGACCCAAGGACCCAGCGGAGCUGACUUACUACACCCUGUACAACGGGAAGCCUUUGCUGGGGACUGCAGCUGCCAAGAUCCUGAGCACCAUUGACUCCCAAAGGAUGGCCUUGACCCUGCAUCAUGUUGUCCUUCUGCAAGCUGACCCCGUGGUGAAGAACCCACCCAACAACCUGUGGAUCAUCGCCGCGGUGCUGGCGCCCAUUGCCGUUGUCACGGUCAUCAUCAUCAUCAUCACCGCCGUGCUCUGCCGGAAGAACAAGAACGACUUCAAGCCAGACACCAUGAUGAACCUACCUCAGAGAGCAAAGCCUUUGCCCAGUGGUUCCCUUCAUAUAAUUGAUGAGAACAUGGCUCCCUGGAACAGGCAGCCUUACGGGAAAGUAGUUAGGGCCACAUCCAGAUGCAGGAUGGAGCUUGGAGGGCCCGCAAUGGUUGGCAUGACCAUCUGCUCGGGACAGCCUGUGCAAGGCUUUGAUUAUGCCAAGCAGCACCUGGGCCAGCAAGGGGCAGAUGAGGAGGUCAUCCCUGUGACUCAGGAAACGGUGGUCCUUCCACUCCCUGUUAGAGAUCCUCCUGCCUCUCAGGAAAGAGACAUCGCCCAGGACGGAAGCACCAUCAAGACGGCCAAGUCCACCGAAACCAGAAAGAGCAGGUCGCCCAGUGAGAAUGGCUCUGUCAUCAGCAACGAAUCAGGGAAGCCCAGCUCAGGGAGGCGCUCGCCCCAGAAUGUCAUGGCACAGCAGAAAGUGACAAAGGAGGAGGCACGGAAGAGAAAUGUGCCGGCGAGUGAUGAAGAGGACGGAGCUGUGCUUUUCGACAAUGCUGGCAAGGCGGCUGCCGAUCCCUUUGACACGUCUUCCGGAUCCGUGCAGCUCAUUGCUAUAAAACCCACAGCCCUCCCCGUGGUGCAUCCCACAUCGGACAGGAGCCAGGAGUCGGCGGCCCUCAAUGGCGAGGUGAACAAAGCCCUGAAGCAGAAGUCAGACAUCGAGCACUAUCGGAACAAGCUGCGCCUUAAAGCCAAGAGGAAGGGUUAUUAUGACUUCCCCCCAGUGGAGACAAGCAAGGCUCAGACAGAAAGGAAAAAGAUGUACGAGAAAACCCAAAAGGAAAUUGAGCACGUUUUGGAUCCAGACCCAGAACUCUGUGCCCCAUUUGCUGAGCCUAAGAACAGGCAACCGAUGAAGAACUCUGUCUACCGAAGCCGGCAGUCUCUGAACAGCCCGAGUCCGGGGGAGACAGAGAUGGACCUUCUGGUGACUCGGGAGCGACCCCGGCGCGGGAUCCGUAACAGUGGAUACGAUACGGAGCCUGAGAUCAUAGAGGAAACCAACAUUGACAGGGUGAAUGAGCCCCGCGGCUACGGCAGGUCAAGGCAGGUGAAGGGCCACUCAGAGACGUCCACACUCAGCUCCCAGCCCUCCAUCGACGAGGUCCGGCAGCAGAUGCACAUGCUGCUGGAAGAAGCCUUCAGCCUGGCAUCUGCGGGCCACGCAGGCCAGAGCCGGCACCAGGAAGCCUACGGUUCAGCGCAGCAUCUUCCCUACUCGGAGGUGGUGACCAGCGCUCCAGGGACCAUGACGCGGCCCAGGGCAGGGGUGCAGUGGGUGCCCACCUAUCGCCCAGAAAUGUACCAGUACAGUCUGCCGCGGCCGGCAUACAGGUUUUCCCAGCUUCCUGAAAUGGUCAUGGGCUCUCCCCCUCCGCCUGUACCUCCCCGGACUGGCCCUGUGGCUGUUGCUUCUCUCAGGCGGUCCACCUCGGACGUGGGCAGCAAGACCAGGAUGGCCGAGUCUGCGGGGCCCGAGCCCGCUCAGCUGCACGACAGCGCCUCCUUCACGCAGGUGUCCAGAGGCCCCGUGUCCGUGGCGCAGUUGGAUCAGUCGGCUUUAAAUUACUCAGGUAAUACAGUGCCGGCAGUGUUCGCCAUCCCAGCUGCCAACAGACCUGGCUUUACCGGCUACUUCAUCCCGACGCCUCCCUCGUCCUACAGGAACCAGGCCUGGAUGUCCUAUGCAGGAGAAAAUGAGCUCCCAAGCCAGUGGGCCGAUUCGGUCCCCCUCCCAGGGUACAUCGAGGCUUACCCCCGGUCACGAUAUCAGCAGAACUCUCCAUCCAGACUCCCUCGCCAGUACAGCCAGCCCGCAGGCAUGCACCCCAGCCUGGAGCAGGCUCCGGGGCCGUCCACGGCGGCCUCUCAGCAGAGCCUGGCCGAGAACGACCCAUCGGACACACCCCUGACCAACAUCUCCACUGCGGCCCUUGUGAAGGCCAUCCGGGAGGAGGUGGCCAAGCUGGCCAAGAAACAGACAGACAUGUUUGAGUUCCAGGUCUAAUACCUCCGCCCCGUGGGACUUCCAGACUCCAAGGAAACAGUCUUCCGGUGCCUCGGCCUGACCUGCUGGGACUUGAGGCACAGACCCUGUGGGAGUCAUUCUCACCCUCUGAAAAGGUGAACACUGGGCUUCUGGGCCACCGAGGACACUCUUGGCCAACUGGAUUCUUGGCUUCUUCUGCUGAUUGUACAUCAAGAAGUCCCCGCGUGGGGCCAUGUUUGAUAGUCUGUGAAGUUAAAUGUUUGAACUGUGGUGUAUUUCCCUACGGAGCCUUAGUCACAAGAGACACUAACUGAUCUGCAGAUCCCUGUCCAAGGCCACUUUUUAAUAAGUCACCGGAAGGGGGAGAACAUUGCUCUGUCUUCGGUGAGUUCUGCAUGUUAACCCUGUUUCUGUGUUAAAGGCGAUGUAGGCAUCUGAUUAAGCGCCAGACCACACACUCUCUCUCAUUCAGUCGUGACUGUAAUCAUUAGUCACCUCCGGUCCGUCAAGGAGGCGUUGACUCCAGCCAAGAAACUCGAGCCCUUUUCUUUUAAAGGUUCAGAUUCAAAGUCAGAUGAAUUGGAUGAAAAUCGGUACUGUCUAUGACUCCACCUAUAAAUAGUCCUGACCCUUUUUUCCUCCCGUUCAUUAAACAAAGGCCGAGGAAGAGAGAAGAUUGAGGGGGAAUGGUGGGUUUGGGUUGACAGAUUUUUUGGAAAGGUGUUGUCAUUUUGGAACUUAAGUGCCCUGCAAGGUCGUAUCUAACUGAAAGAAAAUGGAUGCUAAGAGCUUUGAGGAUUAUACAAAAAAACCAGUCAUACAUCUGAGGUCUUUCUUUGCCCGGCAAUGAAGGUGGCCUGAGAACAAAGCUUCUCUCUCUUUUGAGAUAAAAGAAAUAUCAACGUUUGCAGGAAAACCUGUCUCUUCAACAGUGACGUCCAGCGUGCACUGCCGAGGGACAGAGAAGGACAGAGUAACUGAUGCCUCUUCCGAAGCAGAAACAGUGAAUCCCCCGUCUCCCUCUCCCCUGGCUGCAGCCUCUGUUUAUAGAAGCUUCUGAAUGUAGAAAAUCUGUUGAUUUACGUUUAGAUGUAAAUACCAUUUUUAAAGUGUAUGGAGUUUGCCAGUUCCCUCUGUCCCCACCCCCACAGUCAACGGAUGCAGGAGGACAUUGGCUUACUUUAGGACCGCCAUGUGGCAAAUGGCACUCCCUGGCAUGGUGAGGCGGUCUCCAGAGCUCUGAGUGGACACUGCCUUGCAGCCCCGAGGCACCAGCUGCUGACCGUCAAUGCCUAAGCAAACCAGCCACCGACUUCAGGUGGCCCCAGGGAGGGAACCUUCUGGCUCCCUCGCCAGCUCUGGUGGGGGCCUCCUUGGUGUCUGUUGGAGAAUGAGGUCCUGUCCUGCCUUCACCCAUGACCCAUCUAGCUUCAGCUGUGUCCAUGCCUUCUGAGCCCAUCUUGCCAUUUUUCCUCAUGAGUUUCUUUGGUCUUUACUGAGAGAAGGUGGAAAUUUAAAAGUUGAGAGACGAGUAGGAGUGGAACUGAUUAGAAUGGAGAUUCAAACUGUCAAAGCACAGACUUUUCAAAGAAGCUGUUUUUAUUUCCCAAUGGCAAAUUGCCCUUUCUGGAAAGUUCCAGAGAUGAUGUGUCAUGGAAUCCCCCCAAACAAGUCUCUUGUUCGGAUGAUAUUAGGUAGUGUCCUUUUGGUAUGCUGGUCGAUCUUUCAUAGUGUUAGUUUUUUGUUACUUAAAAAAAAAAAAUCAGCUAUAAAUAAAAUGUAUUUUUGUAAUUUCCAUGUGUAUAUAUGGUAUAUUUCUACCAAUGGCCAGUUGUUGUAGUCCAAAACCUAAAUCAGCUUGCAAAACACUGUGGAUGGUGUAAGAUUUUAUUGACAGAUUAACACAACGCCUAAGUCUAUCCAAAUAGGUAUUCAAUGCACUUGAAUGAACAAAGAGCCAAAGAAACUCAGCCUUUUCAUGCAAAUGGUAUGAGUCUGAUAAAGUCAGCCACAUUGUCCCGCCUUAUCAAUAAUAUUAAUAUUUCAUCAGUGCAAUGAUAUCAACCCAGUACUUUGUCUACUUGGUAAAUGCCUGGAUAUCCUGUAUGUGAAAAUGAAGUUUCAAGACCUUAGAGUGAUGAAACUAGACACUUCAAAGCCGGUGUCCGAGCUUUGGAUGUUCCAGUGACUUACGGAGAAUGAGCCUACAGCUAGUAGUGGUGCGGCUCCAGUUUGCUCAGAGGACGGAGAAACAAAUCAUUGCGGUCUUUGCAGAACCCCAGGAAGUACUGAGUCAGUCAACUGAGAUGACUAAAAAUAUAGCGUGCUAAAUCAGACACACUCGUAAACUAGACACCACAGGUUUAAGAAAAGUAUAUGGGAGGAAAACCUUAAGCUGAAAAGAAAUCAAUCUGUUCAUGAUUUUUCCAGCACCAGGGAGACACCUGCCAUUUUUAGAUUUUCUGUGACUGGUAAAUUAUGUGGUCCCUUCUCUGAAGAGACUCCUGACCUCGUGGAGGGGACAGAUGCCUGGACAGCUGAUUGUGAGCAAAGACAGAUGGGCAGAAGUGCCUCAUGGAAGUGAAAAUAGAGUUCUGUGAGAGCCCAGAGGCUCUACGUUCUUCCUGACCUUCCAGAUGGUUGAAGAAGCCACGAAGGACCUUGGCAGUCUCGGAGAAGACUUUCUGGAAAAGCAAAGCGACCUGCUUGAGGAUUCCAGCCCAAGCCUGCUGAUUCAUGAUUCAACUUGCUUUCCAUUUCACCACGCUGCCUGCACGCUUGUCUGUGACGCGUUUCUUGAACUGUGCUAGGAAGUUUAAACAGUAGACCAGGGUCAGAUGAGGGACGCCCUAUAUUCUCGUGAAGAGAAAAGAUGACUGGAUAUGUAGAGGACUUCAGAUAAAGUGUAUAGAGGACGAUGCGUUUGUGGCAUAAUAAACAUUUUUCAGAACUUGUUUUGAUGUGAGUUUUCUGCAUUCCUGAAAAGAAAUGCAUUUUGGCUUUUUCCAGAGAGUCAUCAAGGAAAUGGUGUUCUCCUCAACUGCUGAUGUUCAAGACUACAGGGGUGCAUUCCUCUCUUAGUGCCAUGGAUCCAAACGAUCAGGGAGGGAGGCCAUGACCACGUGUCAUGUGGGGGCCACAGAUUCUUUGCUCUGCCUUAGGGAAGGCUGCCCCAUGUGCAGAAGCCUGAAAGUCUGUCGUGUGCCCAGGUACCUAGGAUCUGAGAUGGCAGUGAUCACCUACAGCACCAGAAGUGCUCUCUUUCAGGGUGUGGUGUGGGCUUACUGUUGUGUCCCACCCCCAUUCAUAUGUUGAAAUCCUAACCCCAACAUGA